AUGUCCGCUCCGAACUGGGGCCGCAUCUACUCUUCCCUUGGCCUGGGAAAGCAGACGACGUCGCAGCUGCAGGCCUUCCGCAAGCGUGCCGACGACGCCAAGCGCAGCCUGGCGCUGCUGCAGAGCCAGAGCGCCGAUGUUGACCUGGCCCACUACCGCGGCGUCCUGAAGAACCAGGACGUCGUGGCCAAGGCCGAGAAGAUCCUCAAGGACUUCAAGCCCGUCACGUACGACGUGAACGCGCAGCUCAAGGCCAUUGACGCCUUCGAGUCCAAGGCGACCGAGCAGGCCAAGGCCACCGCCUCGAAGAUCGAGACGGAGCUGGCCGACCUCAAGGCGACGCUGCAGAACAUCGAGCAGGCGCGUCCCUUCAACCAGCUCUCCACCGACGACGUCAUCAAGGCGCGCCCCGAGAUUGGCCGCACCGUCGAGGAGAUGGUCAAGAAGGGCAAGUGGAGCACGCCCGGCUACGACGCCACGUUCGGCAACCUCUCCGUCACCUAA